GAGGCGUUCGUGCGUUUAUGGACUGGUAUACCUAAACAAAGCUGUGGCUCCAGAAUUUCUGGAAGGAAAGGGGAAAUGGAAAAGUAGUUUAUAGAUGUCGCGCCUGUUACCCUCAUCUACAAGGUAGAAAAAGGAUCCUCCUUGCCCAUCAAAUUAACCCCAAAGAUUCUCAAUUUCAUUGUCCCAUUUCCAGAAGCUACCUGAAUGGAUUUGAAUUCCUCGUCUCCUCAAACCAUCCCUGUCGUUUCCACAUUUUCUUCUCCCUUUGACCAAUCUCCGCCGGUCAAGGACCCCAAUUCAGCUUCCACCCGGAAGCCAAUAAGUCUGUGGCCCGGAAUGUACCAUUCUCCGGUGACCACUGCUCUCUGGGAAGCAAGGUCCAAGAUCUUUGAGGGACUCCUCGAUCCACCAAAGGAUGCACCUCCACAAAGCGAGUUGCUCACUAAAACUCCCUCUCAGAGCAGAACCACAAUUCUUUAUAACUUCUCAUCCGAUUAUAUCUUGAGAGAGCAGUAUAGGGAUCCUUGGAACGAGGUUAGGAUUGGGAAGUUGCUUGAGGAUCUUGAUGCUUUAGCCGGGACUAUCUCGGUAAAGCACUGUUCAGAUGAUGAUAGCACUACAAGGCCACUCUUGCUGGUCACAGCUUCUGUUGACAAGAUUGUUUUAAAGAAGCCAAUUAGUGUCGACAUUGAUCUGAAAAUUGUGGGUGCUGUUAUAUGGGUAGGCCGAUCGUCAAUUGAGAUUCAACUAGAUGUUAUUCAGCCUGCAAAAGAAGAAUCAGAUGAUUCAGAACCAGUAGCUCUAACAGCCAACUUCAUCUUUGUUGCCCGUGACUCCAAGACUGGAAAAGCUGCUCCCGUGAACCGACUUUCACCAGAAACUGAACUUGAAAAGUUUCUUUUUGAAGAAGCUGAAGGUAGGAGUAAUUUGAGGAAAAGGAAGAGAGUUGGAGAUAGAAAGGAAUUUGAAAAUGGAGAGGUAAACCAAUUGGAAGCUCUCUUGGCUGAGGGGAGAAUAUUCUGUGACAUGCCAGCCUUAGCAGAUAGGGACAGCAUUCUUCUCAAGGAUACCUGCCUGGAAAAUUCUUUGAUUUGCCAGCCACAACAAAGGAACAUCCACGGUCGAAUUUUUGGAGGAUUUUUAAUGCACCGAGCCUUUGAGUUGGCUUUCUCAACUGCUUACACCUUUGCAGGACUAGUGCCUUGCUUUCUAGAAGUUGAUCAUGUUGAUUUCUUAAGACCUGUGGACGUUGGGGACUUCUUGCGCUUCAAGUCAUGUGUUUUAUACACUGAACUUGAGAAUCCUGAUCAACCUUUGAUCAAUGUUGAAGUUGCUGCUCAUGUUACAAGGCCUGAAAUUAGAUCUAGUGAGGUAUCAAAUACAUUUUAUUUUACUUUCACUUUACGUCCUGAGGCAAAGGCCACAAGGAAUGGAUUUAAGAUCAGAAAGGUGGUUCCUGCAACAGAGGAAGAAGCACGUCGAAUUUUAGAUCGCAUGGAUGCUGAUGCUUGAGUUGGUGAGGAAGAAUCAAAUCUGCAGAUAAGAAUAUUUGCUGAACAUUAUAACUCUUCAGCUUCAGGCAAUGCAACCACUGAAUCAGUAUACAUAUUAUCAGCAAUAGAGGUAGAAUUAGCUAUGUCACGAAUUUCUGUGACGCAAGUGGUUUCCACCAUAAGUUUUACGGAUUUAAGGACCUCAUGUGUCUACAAUAAAUUACAAGCCUUACAUUUGCCCUGACUGAAAUACAUAUGCAUUGAAGUGCUUUAACUUAGCUCAUCAUUAUUCUAUGUAAGAACUUAUGUAUUUUGAUAUUGUUAAAAAUAACUAUUUUGAGGGAUU